AUGUCUGCGUCUAUGGUCUCGUGGACGACGCUUGUGUCGGUAUUGGCGUUGGCUUUGGGAUCGGCCGUCGAUGACCCCAAGCCAAACACCGUGUUCGUGGCCAUACUCAUAAGGAACAAGGCUCACACUCUCCCGUACUUCUUCAGUGCUCUUGAAUCUCUGGACUAUCCCAAGGACCGGAUGCACCUGUGGAUUAGGAGUGAUCAUAAUAUAGAUAACUCGACUCUAAUUUUAAAUAAAUGGUUAAAAACAUCAGGAGCAGUUUACCAUUCAGUCAAUGUCAAAAUAGAUAAUGAUUCAACAAAGUAUGAUGAUGAAAGCGGUCCUGCACAUUGGCCCCAUUCCAGAUUUCAGCAUAUUGUUCAGCUAAGGGAAUCUGCUUUACAAACUGCACGAGAUAGUUGGGCUGAUUAUAUUUGGUUUUUAGAUUGUGAUGCGUUUAUAAUCAAUAAGUCUACCUUAAGACAUUUAAUAAAAAAAAAAUAUCCAGUUGUUGCUCCAAUGUUGAAGUCUGAUGGAUUAUAUUCAAAUUUUUGGUGUGGUAUGACUGACAAUUAUUAUUACAAGAGAACUUCUGAUUAUGCACCUAUAGUGGAAUGGAAAACUAAAGGGUGCUUUCAAGUACCAAUGAUUCACAGCUCAGUUUUAAUAGAUUUAAGAUUCCAGAUCACUAACUACUUAACAUUCAACCAUAGUUUAUUGCCCAACUACAAAGGACCUGUAGAUGAUAUAAUUAUAUUUGCUAUGUCUGCAAAUUUUUCUGGUAUUCCUUUAUAUAUUUGUAAUGAUGAAAUAUAUGGUUUUAUAACUAUACCACUUGAAAAAGAUAGUUCUCUAGAAAUGGACAUAAAUCAAUUGACAAAUAUAAAGUUAGAAAUAACUGUUGAUAAUGAACCAUUACAGAUUUCAAGUAAUUUAUCAGAUCUUGAUUUACCAAGUGCACCUAUAGACAAUAUGGGUUUAGAUAAUAUUUUUGUAAUUAACUUAGCCCGAAGAACAGAAAGACGAAACCGUAUGCAUUACUGUCUUAAUGAACUUGGUCUAAAUGCAACAUUUAUCGAAGCUACUGAUGGAAGGUAA